AUGAACGUGUCGACAGCUAAUGUGACCGUGGUUAUCGAGUACAGAGACUCCUUCACUAAAGCGGUGACCAAGAAUGUGAUUGUCAUCGUUCUCAGCAUCUCGCUCCACUACAUCAAUGCCGGACUCAUACACACCUUCAGAAAACACCAGAUUUUCUACAUGAAUCCCAGGUACAUCCUGUUUCUACACCUGGUGGUCAAUGACAUGAUCCAGGUUACACUGACCGUCAUCCUGUUCAUCAGCAGCUACACGCUCUACAAAAUCAAUGUCUCCAUGUGUUGCGUCUUCAUCCUACUGACUCUCUUUGUCACUGAGAACACGCCUCUGAACCUGGCCUGCAUGGCGGUAGAGUGCUACAUCGCCAUCUGCAUGCCGCUUCACCACAUUCAGAUCUGCACCAUCAGAAGAACAUUAGUUCUGAUCGGUUUAAUCUGGAUUACGAGCGUGUUGUCUGUCCUUCCUGAUCUCUUCAUUUCUUUGGCCACUGAGCCACUGGAUUUCUUUAACAGUCGGGUCUUCUGCCUCAGAGAAACUGUCUUCAGAAAUCCCCACAUUAUCAGGAAGAGAGACAUCACUUAUAUCCUCUAUCUGGUCAUAGUUUGGCUCGUUAUCUUCUUCACGUAUUUCAGGAUCCUGUUCACAGCUAAAACAGCAAGCAAAGACGCUAAAAAAGCCAGAAACACAAUCGUCCUCCAUGGUUUCCAGCUGCUGCUGUGCAUGGCCAUGUACACAGAGCCUCUGUUAAGAAUGGCUCUGAUACAACUGUUCCCCAAGAACUAUGCAGACACCCUGUUUGCCUCUUAUAUUAUCGUACACAUCCUUCCCAGAUCCAUCAGUCCCAUCAUUUAUGGCGUACGAGACAAGACUUUUAGGAAAUACCUGAAGAGGUAUCUGUUGUGUAGAGAGAACACGGUAAACACGGACUAA